AUGAUCAUGACCUUCCUCAUGAAGAGGAAAAAUGGACGAAAACCGCCGUUACCCUAUACAGCGUCGCCGUUGGAGUUGCUGUGGGCCGACAUUCUCCUCGUCCUCCGGAGUCUAUGGAGUCUACCGGGAAUAUUACUCCCCCUGACUCCCUCGGAUGAGCUAUGCGAAUUAUAUCCGUCGACAGAGAACAUGGCCAACGUUGUUGCACAUGUUUGCCUGGCUUUAAGCCAGGUGGCUUUCUUACUGUCGGUGCUGGGUUGUUUCUUCUUAAUGGUGCCAGCACUGUGGAUCUCUCUCUAUGUGGCGGCCUUUGUAUGGGUGAAUCGAGUCAUCUGCGCACUUAUAUUCAAUAAUGCGGACGAGGUUUUGGAGUCAAAAGUCCCGAUCGAGGAGCGACCGGAGCAUGAGCGUGAACGUUGGAUCUUCAUCAAUGGAGUCGCGGUCGGACAUUAUUGGCUGCAGAAUAACAUAGAUCGGCUUGCCUAUACUUUUGGCAGGAAGAUUAUUGGUGUGCAUAAUCCGACAGACGGCAUUGUAUUCGAUGUAAUCGAGUGUCUGAUCCAAAGGAACUUUACCUUCGCCACUCCGGAUACGAGAGAUGGUUAUGCCAUCACCAAAGCGACCUUGCUGAAUCCGAAGUAUGAGAAAGUUGUCCUGAUCCUGCACAGCCAGGGGGGCAUUGAGGGAAGUCUCAUCAUCGACUGGCUCCUGGACGAGCUACCAGAGAACGUCCUUCGAAAACUUGAAGUCUAUACGUUUGGGAACGCUGCGAACCACUUCAAUAACCCGUACAAAUCGCUUCUGGGCUCCGGAGAAACCCCCGCUAGCGACUCAACGAUAUCCAAUCAGGAUGCCUUGGUACAAGCGGAGAAAAGUGUUCUCCAUAUUGAGCACUAUGUGAAUGCUUUCGAUUUUGUCUGUGUUUGGGGGGUACUGCAAUUCGCCAGAGUCCCAAACCGCUAUAUGGGCCGAAUCUUCGUCCGGUCGGGUUCUGGUCACCAGCUAAACCAGCACUAUCUCAACACUAUGUUCACAUUAGGACCAGACCGGAGGGUCCUCGACACCAAUAAAUUCAUGGAAAUGGGGGCGAGAACGGUCGAAUACGAGAAAAUCCUGCCGAAACACGUCAGACACAAGAGAAAUGAGGUGCUUGUCACCAAUAAGCGCCCGUCAGACCGCGACAGGACUGUUCAAUCUGGACUUGAAAAUCAACACGAGCAAAGACCGUUGAAGGUCAAAGAUCUCAGCCGGUUAUGGCAGUAUCGCAAUGGCGGUUCGCCUGUAGAUGGAUGA